GUCAGCAUUAAUUGGAAUAUAAGAAAUGGACUUUGAACAGACAGACUGACUCUUGGGGCCUGCUAACAGUCAAAAUGUCCAGAGGGACUCUCACUGUUUGGCUGCUAAUGAAGCUUGCGUCGCUUUAUCUGACUCCAGCUGCAUCAGAGACUGUGACAGCAUUUUUGGGUCAGUCGGUGACUUUGCCCUGUAGGUAUUCAUCCUGGUCUCAGAGCAACAGCAUGUGCUGGGGCAAAGGCCAGUGUCCCAAUUCCAAAUGCAAUGAGGAGAUCGUCCACACCGAUGGCCUGAGGGUGCUCUCGAGGAGGUCAGCAAAAUAUGAACUUCAGGGGGAUAUCCAGAGAGGGGACGUCUCCUUGACCAUCUUCAACACUGAUGAAGGUGACAGCAGUGUGUACUGCUGCCGCAUAGAAGUGCCUGGCUGGUUCAACGAUGUGAAAAAGAACAUUCACCUGCAGCUAAGGAGAGCAACAACCCGCCUUCCGACCACCACCAGCAGCGCUCUGACGACACCAACAGCCGCGCUUCCGGCAACGACCGCCAUCACGCCGGAACUCACCACCGCAGCACCACGUCAGGCGGGAACUGCUGCCGCGACGACGGCAGCCACGUGUCCACCGACCUCCCCACGCGCCCUCCCGGGGGCAGUCACAGCGCCGACGUCUGCGCCUCCCGCGGAGGGGCCAGCCCCCACCGCAGAAUCGCAAACUUUCCUUCUCCCCAGUGACUCUCAGAGAAGCACUGAGGUGACUUCUGGAGACAGUGCCUUACUAACAUCCAAAGAGUCCAAAGGUUGGGUGUUUCAGUCAACAUCCCAGGUAUCAACGUGGGAAACCAGUGUCUCAGUCACUUUUCCUCAGCUAAGAGCAUCUGAGACAACAAUUCUUGAGCAAAAUGAAGUUGAAUCAGAACAGAUAAAAGUGGCUGACAACUCAGACCUGCUGAUGAUCAUCGCUCCCUCCGUGGGAUUCGUGCUGCUGUCAUGGCUCGUGGUGUUUCUCCUUCGAGGGAAAGUCAAGAAAAGCAAUUGUUUCCAGAAACACACAAGGCUGGAUAAUGUUGGAGAAAGUAAAAAUGUCCUCGAUGACAUGCAGCAUGGAAGAGAAGAUGAAGAUAGUCUUUUCACACUCUAAUGGGCCACUUGUUAGGAUUAAGGAUGGGGGCACGAUGCAUGAGUUGUCCAAAUAAUCUUAGACUGUUUUGGGUUUUUUUGUUAAGAAGCUCCAUCUAUUCCAAUGGUGUCAUUGAUCCAAUCUUGCAUUAGUUUCAUAAGCAAAAGUUACUUUAGAGACCACACUUUCUCUGCCCCAUGCUUUUCUGCACCAUUGCUGUCAGGGAUCUUCCAGACCAUGCUUGAAUACUUUGGGUGAUGGUGUAAUAAUGCUGGAGGGCUUCAGCUCUGGGCAAGUUCACUCCAGAUUGGGUGACAUCGAAUAACAACAACAGAACGUUGGGGGUAAAAGGGUUUAUACCAAGCUUUAUUUUUGCAGUGGCAGGUCAAGUGCUAGAAUCAUGUCUGCAUCCAGCAGUUUGCAAUCUGUCUCCACCUCCCCUGCAGAGCAGUGGGUGGAGCUCUUUAUACAACCACACAAUGGCUCAUUGCCAACAUGAGUGUAAGCAUGUGCCUAUGCAGUAGGCCAAUUACAUCACUGCACAUGGGCAAUGGACAAGUAGAUUAGGGUCAGGUGAGCAUCUCAGCCAUGGGAACUUCCAUUCUCCCUACAGAUGGUGAGUUCACUAUCACACCCAAAGGAGAUCAUUCAAUUUUAGGGCAGUUCUGAGACUUAGAAAUAUUUAAAACAAAGUCCGUCUCCACAUGGCAUCUCCCUAUCAGUCCUAGUUGAACUUAUUGUGCUUUGCAGAACAUGUCUAAUCUCUCUUCUAACAGGCAAUGUUCCAGAUACUGGAAGGAGAACCUCAUGUUCUCCAAAUUGCCUUGCAUCUGGAACAUGAUUUCUGAUCCCUUCUCUACCCAAGUUGUCUUCACCUUAAAUGCAAUUGUAUCUUCCUUUUUAUACCCAAAUUUUAGAGUUCAGUGCCACACUCCAGGUAUGGAUCUAUGCUUCAUCAAUGCAGGAAAUGACAUCGAAUUGCACAAUAAUUUUGGCUCACUCUAAAAUCCCUAGGUUUUCUGUAAUUUUCUGUUCACAUCUUUAGAGGUGACCAUAGCAUCGCAUCUUAAUUCUUACUUGAAGAAUUUAAUUUUGGACACCAAGAAUCCAUCAGAGCAAAAUGUGAAAAAUUAGGACAUUAAACCAGGGCCAGUGCAUGGAUGCGACAUAAGAUGGUCCAGAUUAGUUUCUUUAAAUAUAAUCAUGGGAAUAUGUUCCUCAAUAAGAAUAGCUUUUUAAAAAUCUUUAAAAUUUUUAUAGCUUGCAGCAACCUGGGAGAAAAAUUGAAACAAACAAUUGUCACAUGAA